AUGUGCGAGAAGUUGUUGGCAGCACUGAUCAUUGCACCUGAACGGACGAUUUGUCCAAGAAAUACUACAAGCAUGCCUUCAAAUUUGAAGGUGAAUAAGGUGUUUGGAGCGACGUGGUAUUCGGUUCCGUUGUCCAGGAGAAAAGCUAACUGCACGUCAGUCAGGGUAAUUUGUAGAGACCAAAACUUACAGCUGGAGCUACACUUUUCUCUAUUCCAACCAGCGGUCACCGCGAAUUCUGCCCAAUGGAAGAAUGCCCAUGCCGAGAAGAAGAACGCCAGCUGCACGGAAGUCCAGGACCCCACAAAAAAGAGCCCUCCCAGAAGAAAUGAGGUCAAGGAUGCAGCGAACGGAGUGUUUGGAGGGAAAUUGCUGAGUCUCUGGGUUCGGUCAUCGUGGCAGGAGUUGGUCCUGUCCAAGUUUACCGCCAAAAAAAGGCUUUUUCUAGCCAGAACAAGUUUUCAGAUCAUUCGGGCUGCCCAUACAGAUGCAGCCAAGAUUCGCAAUAUUGCUCUCAUGGCGCAUAUCGAUUCCGGCAAGACAACUCUUACCGAAUCCAUAUUGCAUGCAUCAGAGUACAUUUCUACACCUGGUUCUGUAGAUACCGGGAGUACAACAACGGACUUUCUUCCAGCUGAGCGCGAACGAGGCAUUACCAUCCAGUCUGCCAGUAUUCCAGUGCAUUGGAAGCAGUGGAACUUCAAUCUUAUCGAUACUCCCGGACAUGCAGAUUUUGGGAUGGAAGUAGAGAGUGCGAGUCGGGUCGUCGAUGGAGCAAUUGUACUCCUUGACGGAGUCGAAGGCGUAGAAGCUCAAACAAAAGGCGUUUGGUCCCAACUAAAUAGGUACGAUAUUACUUUUUUUCAAGAGCGACAUACUGAAAUUGCGGCCAGGCACAAAGUGCCCACACGUCUACUCUUCAUCAACAAGCUGGACAGGGCCGGUGCUUCACUACGAGAUUCUUUGCUAUCAGUACUAUCCAAUCAGCUUCAUCCCAGACCGGUGAUACUCUGCCUCCCAGUAGCAUCAUUUGAUUCCGGAGUGUAUCAAAGUGGAGAGCCAUCCUUGGAAGGUAUCGUGGACAUAGUGGAGUGGAAAGCCUUUCGGUGGAAGGAUCCGCAUCAAAAGACACACGUUCCAAGUCAUGACGAUGUCGAAAGCGGCAAGCCUGAAGAGAUGUUGGCUGAAGAUCACCCAUUACGUCCCAUCAUCAAGCAAGCACGAACCGAUUUAAUUGACCUCCUCUCCGUGCACUCGCCUCCAUUGCUGGACGAAUUUUUGACACUGGAUGCACCAGAUCCCUAUCUCGCACUUCCACCCGGGAAAAUCGUUCCGCAUUUACGGGACCUUACUCUCAGAAAAGAAAUCCUCCCAGUGUUCUGCGGCUCGGCACUACAUCAUAUAGGAACCAGGAAUCUCAUGAAUUAUAUUGGAGAGCUACUGGCUAGUCCUUUAGAUGUUCCAGGUACAGAUAUCGAAACCAACAAGCCGGGUUCUGUGACUGUAUUGGCGUGGAAAGUUGGGUGGGAUAGACAAAAAGGAUGGAUGACAUUUGUUCGUGUCUACGGUGGUAAGUGCUCUCUAUUAUACAGCUUUGAGAAAGUCUUGAAUUCUCCCCUAGGAACCCUCACAAAGUCAACAACUCUCUAUAACACUGUAACGCAACAAAAAGAGCGUAUUUCUAAACUUCUGCUUUGCUAUGCAGCCGAGCAAAAAGAAGUCGAAUCAUUACCAUUUGGCUCAGUUGGUGUCAUUCUCGGGCUCAAGUUUACCCGCACUGGUGACACCCUUGUUUCCCCACAACCUACUCGGGGUAACCCAAAAGGGUCAAUUGUAGGAUCGAUAUCCCCUCCUCCAGCUACGAUCUCAGCGGCUGUGGUAUCACAAAGUCAGUCAGAUUUACAAUCUGUGCAACAAGCUAUCACCUCUUUGGCACGAACGGACCCUUCUGUCCGAUGGUCUGUUGAGGAUGGACAAACUCUGGUGCAUGGACUCGGUGCAUUACAUCUCGAAAUCGUGGAAGAUCGUCUCAAAGAUGAAUUUCAUGCCAACUGUUCAUUAGGUCAAAGGCGCGUCAGCUACAAAGAGACCUUCCCAGAAAUCCCGGAGGUGUCGAAAGAAUUGCACUGGGACAAAGAAAUCAUGGGAAAACCUGCCAAGGCAACCAUAGAACUCUCUGUGAGGAGAUUAGACGAAUCUGAAACGGGCAAUGAGGAGUGGGACGGGAACCUCGUCUUGGAUGCUAGCGGUACACCACUUCCAUUUUCUUCCCUUGAACUUGCGAAGAUCAGCCCUGAAAUCAUCGCUAUUGUCCAGGGUAUUCAAGGGCCUCUAUCAGCAUCUCCUCAUGCACUCCUACCGAUGACUCGCACUUGUGUCAAAGUGAAAAAACAUUCACUAGCGCAAGGAUCUCCACCAGCCGCCUUGGCAUCGGCUGCGACGUUGUUACUCCGGCAAAUAUUCCAGGAAGUAGGCGGUGGUGAUGUUCUGGAACCAUUCAUCAAUGUGAAGGUGGCGGUACCAGAGAGCUUUAUGGGCAAGGUUGUAAAGGAUCUGACGGAGAAUGGCGGAGUGAUCCACGAAAUGGAAACUGACCACUCUACUUUAUCCUCUAUCGGAGGGACACAAGGUGACGACGUUGUUCCAUUUUCGUCAGAGGGGUUAUUCAUUCCACCAUCGUGGAUCACACCUUCUGCCUUGACUAAUAGUGGCGAUGCAGAUGCCAUCUCUCGACAGAAGAGAACUAUCUACGCAAUUGCUCCUCUCAGCAAGAUGCUGGACUAUCAGUCGAGACUGCGGGCUGUUUCAGGUGGCCAGGCAACAUUUGAGAUGAGCAGUGCUGGGUUCAAACAGGUUGAUCACCAGCGCAAAUUGGAGAUUUUACGAGAGCUCGGGAGAGCUUAA